AUAUUAAAAAAUUAUAAAACCUAGAAAUUAAUAAAGGUUGGAUCGAGACGAUUAAAAUAUUAAGUAUUUUCUAUAAAAAUCAUAAUUAUAUUUGUAUUCAUAUGGAGUAUUUAUAUUUAUAACCAGAAAAGUUGCACCAAGUUUUCCCGGUCUCCUAACUCAUGUUCUCCAUCAUCACACUUCCUUUUCCAAUACGCAUAAUCAUAAUAUUUUAUGAGUUAUGACACACCUUUGAGAAAACCCACGACAAUGGCGUCAAAUAAUGGUCUUCUUUUCUAUCUUCUUCUUUCUCUAUUUUCUCUCUCCUCCACAGCAAAAAUCCUGACGACGCUUGACGGACCUUUCGAGCCUGUUACAGUUCCUUACGAUGUUAGUUUACGAGGUAACGCCGUUGAUUUGCCGGAGACGGAUUCUAGGGUUCAACGUCAUGUUAAUGGUUGGGAACCUGAACAGAUUUCGGUUUCUCUUUCGGCUGAUUAUGAUUCCGUUUGGAUUUCUUGGAUUACAGGGGAAUUUCAGAUUGGUAAUGACAUUAAGCCAUUAAAUCCUGAAUCUGUUAAGAGUGUUGUUCACUACGGGACAUUAAAGUAUCCUUUGAUUCAUGAAGCAACAGGAUACUCUCAAGUUUACAGUCAGCUUUAUCCUUUUGAAGGCCUCCAAAACUAUACAUCUGGAAUUAUCCACCAUGUUCGACUCACAGGUUUAAAACCUAGUACGUUGUACUACUAUAGAUGUGGAGAUCCCUAUUUAUCAGCCAUGAGUGGCUUGUUCCAUUUCAGGACAAUGCCGAUUCCUGGCCCCAAUAGUUACCCUGCAAAAAUAGCAGUUUUUGGUGACCUGGGUCUUACAUAUAAUUCAACUGCCACCAUCAGUCAUGUUGCUAGCAAUAAUCCAGAUCUUCUUCUCUUGGUUGGUGAUGUGACUUAUGCAAACCUGUAUCUCACGAAUGGAACUGGCUCUGAUUGUUACUCCUGCUCUUUUCCACAAAGCCCCAUUCAUGAGACGUAUCAACCACGCUGGGAUUAUUGGGGAAGGUUUAUGCAGCAUUUGAUAUCAAGGGUUCCAAUCAUGGUAGUUGAAGGGAAUCAUGAAAUAGAGGAACAAGUUGAUCAGAAGACUUUUGAAGCAUAUAGCACCCGCUUUGCUUUUCCAUCAGAAGAAUCUCAGUCAUCAUCUACGUUCUACUAUUCGUUUAAUGCUGGAGGAAUACACUUUGUAAUGCUUGGGGCUUACAUUGCUUACAAUGAAUCAGCUGAUCAGUACAAAUGGCUGGAAAAAGACUUGGCUAAAGUCGACAGGGAUAUAACUCCGUGGUUGGUUGUUGCAUGGCAUCCACCAUGGUACAGUACUUAUAAAGCGCAUUACAGAGAAGCCGAGUGCAUGAGAGUCGCAAUGGAAGACUUACUUUACUCUUAUGGUGUUGAUGUGGUCUUCAAUGGACAUGUACAUGCCUAUGAAAGAUCAAACAGAGUAUACAACUAUAAAUUAGAUCCUUGUGCUCCCAUUCACAUCACAAUUGGAGAUGGAGGUAAUCGAGAGAAGAUGGCAAUUGAACAUGCCGAUGAGCCAGGCAACUGCCCUGAUCCCUCAACUACUCCAGAUAAAUUCAUGGGCGGCUUCUGUGCUGCGAACUUUACCUCUGGUCCGGGUGCUGGUAAAUUCUGUUGGGAUCGUCAACCUGAUUACAGUGCAUAUAGAGAGAGUAGCUUUGGCCAUGGAAUGUUUGAGGUUAAAAAUGCGACUUAUGCCCUUUGGACGUGGUACAGGAAUCAAGACAGUGAGAAAAUAGCUGGAGAUCAGGUUUACAUCGUGAGACAACCAGAUGAAUGCGCUGUGCGAAGCAAGGGAUUUUCUGAUGAAGCUACAUGGAACGAAGGCAAUGUGGAUUAGAUUGUAGCUUUGUCAAAGCAGUUACACUUAGAAAUUAGCUGUGUUGAGCCUUAGAAAUUAGCGGGGCAAGUGGAUAUAGGACGAGUAAAACUUUAUAACCAUUAUUUAUCCACUACCAAUGGCGAGUAAACCUUUUUAUACCUGUAUCCAUUCACUAGACUAUGCAGUGUGAAACUCGUGAAAUUUUAUCCGCUACCAUUCCUAUAGCCAUCUUCAUUAUGUAAAGAAGAGAUUGAAUUUUUGUAGCAGUAGAUUUAGUUAUAGUCUUGGAAUUUAGUAGAAAGCAUGUAGUUCACUUUGUUGUUCCAAGGAAGAAGGGGACCGGGUAUGGGUUUAGAUAUGUGGAUAGAUGCAACCUAGCUUAGUGCUAAAUAAUUAUGGAUCCUACUCUAUCAUCCUUUGUCCCUUGUCGCUCGUACUCUUACGGUCCGUUUAGUA